GUUUAUAGAACUAAAGAAACUUUUCAUUAGCAUGAAAUUGGGCAUAGUGUUGCCUUGGAGGAUAUAAUUAUCUGAAUCAGUAAAUCAGCUUCCUACAAUUGAUGUUAAUAAUGUAAAAUAAAAGCUACACAGUUCUAAAAUGGUCCAGUAGGUGGCUUUUUUUUUUCCCCCAGAGAGCUAGGGAACCAAAAGAACUUUUUUCUUACUUGAGCAUUAACUGACAGUCAUGAUAGUAGAACCAUUAGAUUUUUAGUUUUUAAUAUCAUAUGUGUGUUAUCUUUCAUCAGUUAAUAAUGAGUAAGCCUAUUCAGAGAAAAAAAAAAGUAAACUGAUCAAAGCCUUGGCAUCUCCAGCCUUUCAUUUCCUGCUGUUGAGGAAAUUGCUGAGAACAUCUUGAUGUCCUUCUUGUUCUUCCUGGACAGGGGCUUUUGGGGAGUUUUUUUCUACUAUGUAAUAUAAUAUCUACUUCAGAGUUUUAAAAAAUCUUAAUACAUUUAGUAAGUUGAACUUUUGUCAAGUUCUAUUAUUUUAAAGCUACUUGUUAAAAACAUUUUUACUAAACAGUCUGAAUUUCUCUUUAGCCCAUUUUUUAUAUGGAAAUGAUACUCAUGUAGUGCUAAGUAAAGUCUUACUUGAUUAGAGUCCUCAAAAUCCAGUUAGCAAAUACCAUGUGAACUUGAGCUGUUUGAUAUUGCUAAAAUAGAUAGUUCAGGUAAAUGUCUUAGUUUAACCUUUUAAAGAUUUGUUUCAGUUUUCAUAAGAUGCUCUGUCCAUGCUAAUAACAUGUAAAAUAUUGUGUGCUAUAUUAUAUGAUAUUUAAAGUUAAAAUUCAAGUAAUUUAGCUGUAAAACGUAUUUACAGUUCUGAUAGGAGUCUAUGGGAAACCUUUUUGCAUUGGAGAUCAUUCCAAUUUUGAUUGUUUCAUGUGCCGAGGAUUCUUCACCUCUUUAUAAUGCUAGAAACUUGGUGAUGACUAAAGCUUUUUUGAGUAAGGAAAACAACUUUUUGAGAAUGACAGUGAUUCUUGCUGAACCUGACCUUUCCAGAGGUUUUUAUGGAUGCCAACUAAUUCUUACGGGAAAUUGAUGUAAUUAUGCCCAUUAUCAAAGAUACUUUGUAUAAAGUAACCCAAAAUGUUUACUGAAGAACCUAGAAUUUCACUUGACUUUGUGUGUAACUAUGUAAUAGGUAACAUCAUUCCAGCUUGCAUUUCUUUACUGGGCUUUCAGAAGAUGCAUGAACCUCUUAUUGUAUUUGAAAUCUCGUGUGUAUACAUGCAUAUUUUGGUGGAAAGGUCAUAUAGUUUCUCAAAAGGUUCUCUGAUUUUCCCCAAAAGUUGAAAACCAUUGUUAUAAAUUGUAUAAUAUGAGGAUAAUGACAUAAUUUGACCCACGCUAAUGAUUUUAUAUGCUGAACCUCCAUUAAUUAAAAUAUGUUUAGAGUGCUCAUUUCCAAAUUCUUGGUCUGUAUUGUCAAAAUACAUGUCCAGGCUCUACUUCAGAGCUACAGAAUCAGAAUCUUUGGAAGUGAGGUUAAGGAAUCUGCAUUAAAAUGCUUCACAGGCUUCCAUGUGGUUCCUGAGCCUCCCUGAAGUUAGAGAACUGGAAUUAUGUAGUGUAUUUUACAGUUUAACAUUUUGACUUAUGGUCAGGUAGGCAAGUCCUUAAGUUGUUAGAGAGUAGUUCCUUGAUUUUCCUCAGGUGGAAUUUGCCCUAGUUCUGGUCACCAUUUUUAGUAAAAAGUGAUGCCAGUCAUCUUAGCCCAUAGGUUCCCCCUCCGUUCUUACAUUUUUUUUUUUUUUUUUUUUUGCAGUACGCGGGCCUCUCACUGCUGUGGCCCCUCCCGUUGCGGAGCACAGGCUCCGGACGUGCAGGCUCAGCGGCCAUGGCUCACGGGCCCAGCCGCUCCGCGGCAUGUGGGAUCUUCCCGGACCGGGGCACGAACCCGUGUCCCCUGCAUCGGCAGGCGGACUCCCAACCACUGCGCCACCAGGGAAGCCCCUUUCUUACAUUUUGAAGACAAACUUUCAGUGUCAUUUUAUUUCUGAACAUGAAACAGGAUUAAAUUUGAGAUGAAUCUGAAAGGUUUCCAUUAGUAUCUAAUGUGAUUAUCCAGUACUAAACAUCUGUACUUAAUUGUACUUUUGAUGUGAAUACUGCCAUUUGAAUGAUAUAAUGUAUUUGGCCUAAUCUCCCUUUGGGUCCUUAUAAUAUGCGAGUUUUAAGUUGUAGAUUUUUGAGUAUUGCUCUGAUUUCAAGUAUUUUUCUCACUGUUUUAUAAAUAGACUCCUAUUUUUCAGGUUAUCUGUCUUGACUUAGGGAAAAACAGUGUGUCAUCCUUAGAUGCAAAUGUGGGGUGGGGUAGGGCAGUGCGAUUGGACAUACUUCUAUAACUUUUGGGAUAUCCAAAAGCACUCUUUUAGCCCAUGGGAAACUACAUUGUUAACAAAGUCACUGUAAAGAAAAACUGAUUGUAAUCUAAGUCUCUUCUUCAAGAGCGCUCCGGAAUCAAAAAUAUCAUAUUUGCCUAAUGUAGUUCAAUCCCUAAAGUUAGAAUUGAAAUGUUAGGGUAAUAGGUCAGCUGUUAAAUAUGUUUCUCCUCAAAUAUCUCUGUGGUAUAUUGUUCCUCACAUCUCUCUCUAUGUGAAAAAGUAGAGUGAAAAGAACAAAUUCCAGUAAGCUUAGCUAUGACCAAUGAGCAGUCCAGUUCUCUUUAAGCUUUUUUUAGUUAAGAAGACUAUUAACUUCAGAAAUGGGCUUUUGCUGUAACAGUCAGUAAUAGAUAUUUCCAACACCACACUAGUCUGGAGGUACCAGACCCAAUGGGUUAGUAGACUGCUUUAAAAAAAAAACUAGAGCUGUGUUUAGAUUGCUUUAGAUGUUGUAUGGCCAAAUUGUAUAUCUCUUUUCCAUGGGUGUUGCAGGCUCACUUUCAUCUGCUGUAGUACGGGUUGAAGUGGUGGAGGCCACUUGAGUUGAUAUAGUUUGGAGAUUUUCUUCAUGUGAGCACAGGCUCAUCCCUCACUCUAUCAUGGCAUAAUCAAUUUUAUGAAGACUUCUCAUUCAAAGAGUGGGAUCUUCUAAGGUCUCAGCACCAGGGUUCUGGGCAGCGCCCUGAGAGGUCCACUGCUCGCACGCCUCUUCUCUCAAUCUCCACCAGCGCUGCUACUGCCUCUCUAGUCCCCCCCUGCUGCAGAGAGAGAAAAUUACAUCGGAAUCCAUGCAGCCGGCAAUGAUGAUGUUUUCUAGUAAAUACUGGGCAAGGAGAGGGCUUUCUCUGGAUUCAGCAGUGCCCGAAGAGCAUCAGCUGCUUGGCAGCAUAACACUAAAUAAAACUAACGCUGGCAAAAAUGAUGAUAAAAAAGGCAACAAGGGAAGCAGCAAAAGUGACACUGCUACCGAGAGCAGCAAGAUGGCAGUUGUAUUCUCCUUGAAAAAUGAAGUUGGUGGAUUGGUCAAAGCACUGAAACUCUUUCAGGAAAAACAUGUCAACAUGGUUCAUAUUGAGUCCAGGAAAUCCCGGCGAAGAAGUUCGGAAGUUGAAAUCUUUGUGGACUGUGAGUGUGGCAAAACGGAAUUCAAUGAGCUCAUUCAGUCACUGAAAUUUCAAACCACGAUUGUGACGCUGAAUCCGCCAGAGAACAUUUGGACAGAGGAAGAAGAGCUAGAGGAUGUGCCCUGGUUUCCCCGGAAGAUCUCUGAGUUAGACAAAUGUUCUCACAGAGUUCUCAUGUAUGGUUCUGAGCUGGAUGCCGAUCACCCAGGAUUUAAAGACAAUGUCUAUCGACAGAGAAGGAAGUAUUUUGUGGAUGUAGCCAUGGGUUAUAAAUAUGGUCAGCCCAUCCCCAGAGUGGAGUACACAGAGGAAGAAACUAAAACUUGGGGUGUUGUGUUCCGAGAGCUCUCCAAACUCUAUCCUACUCAUGCUUGCCGGGAGUAUUUGAAAAACUUCCCUUUGCUGACUAAAUACUGUGGCUACAGGGAGGACAACGUGCCCCAACUUGAAGACGUCUCGGUUUUUCUGAAAGAAAGGUCUGGCUUCACGGUGAGACCAGUGGCUGGAUACCUGAGCCCUCGAGACUUUCUGGCAGGACUGGCCUACAGAGUGUUCCACUGUACUCAGUACAUCCGCCAUGGCUCGGACCCCCUCUACACCCCGGAACCAGACACAUGUCACGAACUCCUGGGACAUGUCCCUCUACUUGCGGAUCCUAAGUUUGCUCAGUUUUCACAAGAAAUAGGCCUGGCAUCUCUGGGAGCAUCAGAUGAAGAUGUUCAGAAACUAGCCACAAAGAACGUAUUACCCAUUUCACUGGCUGUGUGUCCACUUCUUUUUCAGUGCUAUUUCUUCACUAUUGAGUUUGGCCUUUGCAAGCAAGAAGGGCAGCUGCGGGCAUAUGGGGCUGGACUGCUUUCCUCCAUUGGAGAAUUAAAGCAUGCUCUUUCUGACAAGGCAUGUGUGAAAGCCUUUGACCCAAAGACAACUUGCUUACAGGAAUGCCUUAUCACCACCUUCCAGGAAGCCUACUUUGUUUCAGAAAGUUUUGAAGAAGCCAAAGAAAAGAUGAGGGACUUUGCAAAGUCAAUUACCCGUCCCUUCUCAGUCUACUUCAAUCCCUACACACAGAGUAUUGAAAUUCUGAAAGACACCAGGAGCAUUGAAAACGUGGUGCAGGACCUCCGCAGCGAUUUGAACACCGUGUGUGAUGCCUUGAACAAAAUGAACCAAUAUCUGGGAAUUUGAUGUCUGGGACCUGUGUCAUUGCCAGCCUGAUCUUUUGGGGGCUUAGCAGCAAUUCAGUCCAUGUCGUAUAACACCAAUAGCUUUCUGUGUCUUGGCUUGGCUAGUAAGCAUGCAAUUCUGUAUAUUUCUACCUACUUGCAACUUAUUGUGAUAAUGUAUGAAACACCAUAAAGAACCCGAUGACAGAUAACCACUCAUUGUAUGAAAGAUCGUAAUACAUUUAAAUGUCUUAAAUAGAUUUGACAUUCCAGCUUAGUGUCCUUAACCAAACUGCAGCUAUUGAAAAUUGGUAACAAAUAGCCCUCUUAUGAUUCUAGCUCGUGACCUUUCCUUUCUCAGACCUGAGCCUUUCCUCUGUGUUCAUUAGAUAACAUGAAAAUAGCAGUGAAACUGUUUCUGUUUUCUCUAGUAUCAGUGUUUUCACAGCACUAUUUGAGGUAAACCCAGAAUUGUAUGAAACUUCCCAUCACAUUAACAAAAGAUUCAGUAUUCUGUUUCAAAAAUUGAAAGUAGCGAGCACACUAGUUGGAAUGGUUUUUAGGUUGAUUAUUUAUACAAUGUAAGAAAAGAGAAAUUUCCACAAAUAGAAAAUAUAUGUUGCAUUGGCCUUGUAGAAACUGAGUUGUGACAUGCUUCCCAAAGUAUUUUGGAAGAAAACACUUCCAGAAAGGACAUUAGGAAAGACUAAACAAUGGGGAAAAAUCUUGGGACUAUGAAUUUUAUGCUGGAAUAAAGAGAUUAUCAUUCUCAGCUAGUUAACCCAUUUCUCUUGGAGAAUAAUUAUAUCAUAGAGCUUUGAUUUCAAUGACAUAGAAAUUGAGUCUCAGAGAGCUUAAGUGAUCUGCUUAAAGUAGCACAGUUAGUGGUGCACCAACAUUUACAGCCCAUCACAUCUCACUUUUGGAUUGCUAAGACAUUCAGCUUGGUGUAUGUAUGUAUUUAUGAUGUGUAGUCAUAGAAGGGAAACUAAUGCUUAUCAAAACUAAUGUUUAUCACUAAAUAGGACUUGGUUUGUGAUCAAGGGUUGACAGCAGUACAGAAAUUUCCUCUCACACCCCCCAACCAAGCUAGGUCUCUGGGAGUCUGUCCACUUGGCUAAAGUUUGGGCAAAUUUGGGUAAACAAUACUGAUAUACCACAAAUUUCAGUCAUCUUUGCUAUAAGAGGUAUAAUCAGGUGAUUAAGUGAACAAAUAAAAAAUUGCUGAAUGAGCGAAUGAAUUUUAGCUUCUGAUUCCCUUAACAAAUGCAAUCACUGUUCCUCUAAUUCUGCUUUAGUAGCACAGAAUACUGGGUGGAGGAAAGAGGGGACACGAAAAAGUAGAGAAGAAUAAGAUGAUGAAAUGACAUUUAAGUUAGCAAUUCUAAAAUAUUUACUUGAGCAAUUUCUAAGGAUGUUCUUUAAAUAGGAAACUACAUGUGAUUUCAAACUAAUUUAUACAGUUGUAUGGUCCAUUGUGAGUCAGAAAUUUUUGGACUAAAUGUAUUCAGGAAGAAUAUGAGAAAGAGUUAAAAUAUAUAUCAGGGCUUCCCUGGUGGCGCAGUGGUUGACAGUCCGCCUGCCGAUGCAGGGGACGCGGGUUCGUGCCCCGGUCUGGGAAGAUUCCCACAUGCCGCGGAGCGGCUGGGCCCGUGAGCCGUGGCCGCUGAGCCUGUGCGUCUGGAGCCUGUGCUCCGCAACAGGAGAGGCCACAACAGUGAGAGGCCUGCGUACCGCAAAAAAAAAAAAAAAAAAAAAAAAAAAAAAAAAAUAUAUAUACACAUAUAUGUGUAUAUAUAUAUCAGAGAGAGGUGAAAUUACAAUGAAAAAUCAGAGGCUUGACUAUCGGUUAUCUUAAUGAUUGAGGCGCUUUCAUUUCUGAAAGAUUCUCAGAACAAUGGACUUUUUGAGAAGGCAUCUGGUGCCUAGAAUGUGAGAGUCAUGCAGUUUAAAUGCUACGUUACGUGAAUGAGACAGUGCCUUGACGAAUUAUCAGUGGUAGAGAAAUGAUGAGCAAGCUGAACCCAAGUAAAAGGAUCUAGAAUGAUCAAGUAGUUGUCAAGUCCAAUCAUUUAAUAAAUCCAUAAAUACAUAGUUUCUUACAUCUUGCUUUGCUAGAUCUAGAUGACCCUGAGUAAUUAGCUAUUUAUAAAUAUUAACCUAGAAAAAUAACCCAGAAAAAUGAAUCCAGAAAUUUCCAAUGAAAAAUAACAAGAGACUAAGAACAAUAAUUUAGAAAUUUCCAGAACUAGUUGCUGAAUUUUCUCAAAGGAGAAAAUGGGCUGAGAAACUCUUAAUGUCUGCUUUUUCUGUUGUUCCCAUAAUUUAGUGUUGCUUUAGAUAACAUUUUUGUCUUUUGUGACAACAUGGACGGACUUGGAGGGCUUUAUGCUAAGUGAAAUAAGCCAGAUGGAGAAAGACAAAUAC